CCUCUACGUGUCUACGCGCCUACGCAAUACGCACUCGGGGCCUCUUUCACUCUUCCUGAGCCCCCGACGGGUUCUAGUGACUGGGAAGAAACCCGGAGACGGCAGAGCUGUGCCCGUGACACGCCGUGCGCGUGCCCUGGGAGACGGCUGAAGGGAGUGUGUUGGUGUGUGUAUGUGUCUAAGGGGGGGAGUUGUGUGUGUGUGUGCGUGUGUGUCAGGGGGCGGGGGCCCAGGUCGCCGGGCUUUCCGGCGGCUGCGGUGAAACAGGGCGGGAUACGCGGGGGCGAUAGCGACGGCUGCCGGGCUUCUGUCCAUCUGAUCGUCUGUCCGUCCGGGCCCGAGCUGGACGAUGCUGUGGUUCCAGGGCGCGAUCCCGGCCGCCAUCGCGGCGGCCAAGCAGAGCGGAGCGGUCUUCGUGGUCUUCGUGGCAGGUGAUGAUGAACAGUCUACACAGAUGGCUGAAAGUUGGGAGGAUGAAAAGGUUACAGAAGCUUCCUCAGACAGUUUUGUGGCGAUUAAAAUUGAUACCAAAAGUGAAGCAUGUCUACAAUUCUCACAAAUCUAUCCUGUAGUAUGUGUCCCAUCCAGUUUCUUUAUAGGAGACAGUGGAAUUCCCUUGGAAGUAAUAGCAGGAAGCAUUACAGCAGAGGAGCUUGUUAACAGAAUUCACAAGGUCAGACAGAUGCACACACUAAAAAGUGAAGCAUCAGUUGGAAUUGGGAGCCAGUCAGCUAAUCUAGUUUCUAACCCUUGUUCUUCUUUUGAACAUAACAACACUUCAGAAAAUUUUCAAGCCAGAAACAUAGAGCUUUGUGAAACACCAUCCACAUCUCCUGACACACAAUCAAGCAUUUCUAUAGGUGGAGAAAAUUCAGGUCAUACCAGUCCCACUCAGGAAGCCAGUGAUUGUUCAGAUGAGAGAGUGAUGGGUCACCAGGCUGAAGACGACCUCACAGUUAAAGUGGAGAGACUAACAAAAAAACUUGAAGAACGACGAGAAGAGAAAAGGAAAGAGGAAGAACAGAAAGAGAUUAAGAAGGAAAUUGAUAGAAGAAAAACCGGUAAAGAAAUGUUGGACUAUAAAAGAAAACAGGAAGAAGAGCUGACAAAAAGAAUGUUAGAAGAGAGGAACAGGGAGAAAGCAGAAGAUAAAGCAGCUAGAGAGCGGAUCAAGCAGCAGAUCGCUCUGGACCGAGCAGAAAGGGCAGCACGUUUUGCAAAGACAAAAGAAGAAGUAGAAGCUGCCAAAGCUGCUGCUUUAUUGGCCAAACAGGCUGAAAUGGAAGCCAAGAAAGAGUCAUCUUCACGAGAAAGAAGUGCUAUUGCAAGAAUUCAGUUCCGUCUUCCUGAUGGAUCUUCCUUUACGAAUCAGUUCCCUUCUGAUGCUCCUCUAGAAGAAGCAAGACAAUUUGCUGCACAGAUGGUUGGUAAUACUUAUAGCAAUUUUUCUUUGGCCACCAUGUUUCCGAGGAGAGAAUUUACCAAAGAAGAUUACAGAAAGAAAUUACUGGAACUUGAGCUUGCACCAAGUGCUUCAGUGGUGCUCUUACCAGCAGGAAGACCAGCUACAUCUGUAGUACAGUCGUCAAGUGGAGAAUUGUGGAAGUUUUUGGGAACAGUCCUUUACCCAUUUUUUGCUAUAUGGAGAUUGAUUAGUAACUUCUUAUUUACCAGUCCUCCUCCUUCUCAGACUUCAAUAAGAUCAACAGCUUUGGAGCACACAAAGCCCACAGCAUCUAGCAGCUCAGAAAACAGGGAAGGGGUCAGGAAAAGAGUGCUAGAAAAACGUGGAGAAGACUUCAAAAAAGAAGGAAAAAUAUAUAGAUUGAGGACUCAAGAUGAUGGUGAAGAUGAAAACAACACUUGGAAUGGAAAUUCUACCCAACAAAUGUAGUUUGACAAGUUAUACAUGGGCAAUAAUCAUUGUUUCUCUUACGAUUUAAUUCAACUAAAACUCUACUGGACAAGUGGGGCUGCCGUAUGUUUUACUGACAGGUCUCUAUAAUGUCUCUCUUUAUUCUUGCUUAGAGGGUAUGGGUUCAAGUUGCCUAACUCAGAAAAGUCAAGAGAUAGUAUAGCUGACAAAUAAAAUUUUGCAUAUGGUAAUCAACAGCUAGCUCAAAGAAUCAAAAGGAUUCAUAAAACCUCCAUCAGCUUUCAAAUUCAGUAUUUCAUACACUCACAAGCCCAACUAUGCUGAAGUGGCACUUUAUAGAUAGAUAGUUUGCUCCCAAAAUCUUGGAGCUCAUACAACUGGUAAGCCACGGAAUAAUUUGACUUUGUGUCAGAAGCAUUCUAUUCUAGUUAGCCAAUCAGAUGAUAAUUUAUGUUUAACUUUUCUCUAUCGCUCUGCAACUACAAGACAAACCUUGUAGUUUUUAAUCUGUUAUUCAAAUGCUAAAUAAAAGUCUUUUCCAAAAAAAUUGAUU